CCAUGCGGUUUGUUGUGAGAUUUUCUAUUGCUUUAGUGGCUUUAUUUUUUCCCAAGUGGGUUUGCACUACAAAGAUCGAACGGUAUUUUGAUCUCGAUUUUCAGCUAAUGACCCAACUGAAAAGCUAUUCGGAGGACCUGCAAAAUCACAUCAGUGUGUUAAAUCGCUAUAUAGAUGGCAGGAAAAGUGAACAGGCCAAGGUUGGAAUUGAUCGAGAAAUAUAUUUGGGAAAUGCUAUCAAUAGUUACUCUUUAUUGCACCACAUGCAUUUCGAUUGGCCAAUUUGGAGGAGGCUAAUGGAAAAACGCUUGGGUGAAGAGCAAAUUGCUGAAAUGCGGGAGCUGCUGACCAAGAUUCCAAAUAAUGAUGAAUACAUGAAUUCCAUAAAAGAGGCCAUCGAUUUUCAGAAACAGAACAACGAGGAAUACGAGGAAUACGAAGACGAUCUUCUCUUUAGCCCAAUGGAAUCCCUGGAAAUCGCUCAGUAUGCUUACGACCAAGAAAAUUAUGUUCAGGCAGAAGACUGGCUGAAUACUACGCUCAAAGGCUACAAAGAUCUUGAUAACCAGGAAAAGGAACUUUAUGAAGUUCUUAUCCCUGUUAGCCAAACUCAGGUGCAGGAUCUCUAUGAAAAAGUAAAAAAAAUAAAUGGAAGGACCGCUUAAAAGUGGAGUUAAAAAUGUUUAGACAAAUAAAGCACUCCAUUUAAUUUAA